UUCAGUCACAACGAAGUUAUUCAAUUUCAGUCACGAUUUUAUCAUAAAAUCAAACCUCGCUAUUUAACAAAAUGAUUACAUGAGUGCAGGGAUGGCAAUAUCAAAUACGCCCCGAAACCCGACAUGAGUGGCCUGGAACACAUGCUACUCAGUUUAUAUCAGAGGAGCUCAAACACUCGCCACUGCUCAUUUUCAUGCUCUCACUUCAUUCACGUUAAUGCCUCAUAGUGUAAGCACUUGUUCUCUUUUACUCCAUUCUCAAUUUCUGCUUUUCUCUACUAAACCUAACCCUAAUUCACAGCCCAAAGCUCCCUUUAUUCCUUCUCCAUCCACCACUCAUCCCGAACUAAAACAACUACUUUAUCAUUAAUCUAAAGUUGGUUUCGAUAAACUUGACGAUGCUCUUCUUGUGUUCGAUAAAAUGAUUCGUUUGAAACCUAGGCUCUCUGUUCUGCAAUUCAACCAACUGUUAACUGCCAUUGUUCGGAUGAAAGAAUACUCUGUAGCUGUCUCCAUGUUUAGAGAAUUGCGUGUAUUAAGCAUUCCGGUUGAUAUUGUUACCUUACGACUGCCAUCCAUUCCUGUUGUCACUUGAAUACACUUGAUUACGCCUUUUCGUUGCUUGCUGGAAUCAUUAAGAGCGGUUGGGUGCCCAAUGUCUUUACGUACAACACUCUCAUCAAAGGCCUUCUAUCUCAAGACAGGCCUUUGGAGGCUGAGCAUUUAUUUAGGAAGCUUAUCAGAUUUCAUGAUAUUCAGCCCGAUGUAGUUAUGUAUAACACCAUCAUUGAUGGUCUUUGCAAAACUUCAAAUACCUCCAUGGCUCUCAAGUUGUUAAGAAAGAUGGAGAAGUUAGGUUGUAAACCCAAUGCGAUAACUUAUACCUCGAUUAUUGAUUCUUUGUGCAAAGAAAGACGAGUCGAUCAUGCAUUGGAUCUUCUGUCUGUAAUGAGAGUUAAAGGCAUUCCACCAAAUGUUAUAACCUAUACCACAUUACUUCAAGGUCUUGGCAGCUCCAGCCGAUGGGAGGACGUUGAGCGGUUGUUAAGUGAGAUGGGUGCUAGGAAGAUCUCUCCUGAUCUGCACACCUAUAAUAUAUUAGUUGAUGCAUACUGCAAAGAAGGGAGGACAAAAAAUGCUCUAGAUGUUAUCGAAAUUAUGAUCGAGAAAAGUCUACCUCCUGAUGUAAUCACCUACAACACACUAAUGGAUGGAUUUUGUUUAACAGGCAAAAUGGACAGGGCAUUAGAGGUGCUAAAUAUCAUGAGGAGAAAUGGGAUAGCUCCAAAUUGUAAUAGCUAUACCAUUCUGAUAAAUGGCUAUUGUAAGAGGCAGGAAGUAGACGAAGCUAUCAAACUCCUCAGACAAAUGUCUGUUGAAGGUCUGAAACCUGUAGUUGAAACCUACAAUACACUGAUGUAUGGUCUCUUUCAAAUGGGUAGACAGAAUGAGGUGCGGAACCUUUUCCAUGAAAUGAUAAAAAAAGGUAACAAACCAACUAUCAUAACAUGUCGAAUUCUUUUAAAUGGCCUCUGCAAGAACCAAUACAUGGAUGAAGCAAUUUCCUUCUUUCGAAUGAUGGAAUGUAAAGGUAUAGGUCAUGACAUUCAAAUACAUACUAUCCUCAUCGAUGGUCUCUGCAAGAACAGAAAACUUGACGAGGCCAGAAAUAUUUUUGAUAAGCUUCCUUGGAGAGGUUUGCAACCCGAUGUGAAGACAGACACUACAAUGAUCAAAGGAUUUUGUCAAGAAGGGUUACUUGAGGAAGCAAAGGUAUUACUUUCUAGAAUGGAAGUUAGUGGUUGUUUACCGGAUAGUGUAACUUACAACACGAUCAUCCGUGGAAGUCUUUUGAAUUAAAGAUAUGAAGAAGCAGUUGUACUGAUAGAGAACAUGCGAGCUCGUAAAUUCUCAGAAGAUGCAUCUACCACAUCUAUGGUACUAGACCUAUUAUCUAAAGAAGAGCAAGAUCCCUCCAUUCUUGCUUUCUGCAAAUGGUUUUUGCAGUAGGUGAAUGAUCAGCCCCUGUCUGUUCCGAAGAACUACAAUGUAGCAUUUUGAAUUUGAACUAUUUGCUUUUGAUGAGGUAAAUGAAAGUGCGUGUGAUCAAUACCAAGUGAUUCUUGUUAA